AUGACCUCUUCCUUUUCACUCUUUUUUUUUUAUUUCAUCAUUUUCUUUCAUGUCCUCCUCCUUCUUUCAUCUUCAUUCUUUUAUCAUCUUUAUCCAUCUUUUUGUCUUCACCCUUUGUCAUUUCAUUUCUUCUGUUUUCCCUUUCUUUCUCUCACCCUCUUUCUUUCCCUCUUUCUCCUUUUUUACAUUUCUAUAUUGUUUCUACUCUCUCUAAUUUUUAUCAUGUCAUCUUUCUAUCUACCUGUAAUUUUUAUAUUUUCCUCUUUUUCUUUUUUACUUCUGAACAUUUCUUCUGUUUUCCCUUUCUUUCUCUCACCCUCUUUCUUUCACUAUUUCUCCUUUUUUACAUUUCUAUAUUUCUGUUUCUGUCUGUUGGCACCUCUCUCUCUUCUCUAUCUCUCUCUCUAUCUAUCUGUCUUUCUCAUUCUGUUUAUAUCUAUCUUCAUGUGUUCAUAUCUAUCUAUCUAUCUAUCUAUCUAUCUAUCUAUCUAUCUAUCUAUCUAUCUAUAA